AUGCGAUCAUUAGCAUCAGUCAAAGAAGAAAUUCGUCUGUUAGAACAAAAAUAUUCAACAGACAAUGAACAAUUCCAAAUAUUAACAGUAAAAUCUUUUGAACAUAUUAUUAGUACGUAUCGAAAUAAAAAGUUAAAUAAUUCAAUAUCAAUCGAUUGUGCAAUACAAGAACCACUGUACAAAUGUUUUUGGUUUAAUAAUGAUAAUAAUAAUAAUAAUAAUACAUUAUCCGAAGAUAAAGAAACAGAUGAAGAACUAGCAAGAAUAUUCGACUAUUUAAAUCAGGACGAUGAUAAUAGAACAGUAGAACAACAAAUUGAAAUAAUUAUAAAUCGUCUUAAUGAUUAUUUUAAUAAUAAAACAAUUAAACUUUCAGUAGAUCAAGAAGCCAAAAAUGAAGAUUCCGGCAAUGAUGAAGGAUCCAAUCGCCAAGAAGAAGAAGAAGACAGAAGUGACGGCGAUGAAGAAGAAGAAAUUGAAGACGAUAAUGAUGAAAUAUUAAUUGAAGAAAAAGACUAUAAAAAAGAGAUGAUUGAUGGAAUAAGUGUGGAAAAUCAUCAGUUAUUAGAAAAAUUAAAAUAUCGUCGAAUUAAUGAAUUAUCACAAAAAAAUCAUCAAAAAAUCAGUACAGCUUCUGCAACAGCAACAUCGUCACUACAAUCAACAUCGAUACAAGCCACAGAUCGUUUGAUGAAGGAAUUACGUGAAAUAUUUCGAUCAGAGAGCUAUAAAAAAGGAUAUUAUACAGUGGAAUUAGUUGAUGAUUCUCUUUAUGAUUGGAAUGUAAAAUUGUAUCAUGUUGAUAAAGAUAGUAAAUUAUAUACCGAUCUAGAACUAUUAAAAAAUCAUGAAAAAAAUGUGAACAAACUAGAUCAUAUAUUAUUGAAUUUAUCAUUUACAGACAAUUAUCCGUUUUCACCUCCAUUUUUUUUUAGUCUAAAUUGUUCAAUGUUUUUGCUCGUAGGUCAUGUUUAUCAAGGUGCAAUUUGUAUGGAAGUGUUAACAAAACAAGGUUGGUCGAGUGCUUAUAGUGUGGAAUCAUUAGUCUUACAAAUUUGUACAACAAUUGCUAAAGCACAAGCUCGAAUCGAUUUUAAUAGUAUAAACGAGUCAUUUUCAUUAAACAAAGCGUUAUCAACAUUUCAACAUAUUAGCGCUAUUCAUGAAAAGUCAGGAUGGUCCACACCUCCUUUGACCGAAGGUUGA